GUGCUUUCAUUUCACUGUUGUAAUUGACAGAGCUUAGACUGGUCUAGCCCGGUCACAGUGGCUGCCUCGGCUAUGCUGAGUUGUUUCAUGUUUAGUCUCGCUGGAAAUUGCGGAACCUCUUUGCUUUUCCUCGAACACCCCCCGCCUUUUUCUUUUCUUCUUCUUGCUAUUCUCUGUACUUGCUACUCGUUGACCGACAAUGAAUAUGCUGUCGUCUCUCAUUCCCUGGAUAUAAUUUGCGGGGUCGAUCGUCUACCGACCUUCGCGGUGAUGGAAUCCAUGGGUGGUGUGGCUGUCAACUUAAACGAACAGCGAGCACGGAACCCCGGCAUUGCAGAACUCCGGCAUUAUGCACCAACAUUCUUCAUAUUAGUCGUUCGAUGACGGUAGUGUCUCAGAUGUAUCAGCCCACGAACACCUACGUGAUAUUUUCCCUUCAAACAGUUCCAUUGGGAGAAGCGAUGGAUGCCUGGGAAUAUACCAAGCUUUAUCGGUCCUCGUCAUCUCAGCAAUUUAGGUGCCUGGAAUAGUUAGAAAACCUGCUACCAAUUUACCAAUGGGUGUUUUCAGAUGACUCGUCAUAUUUGGUUGUUCGCUCCCAGCCAAC